AGCAAUUACCCAGUCCCAGGGUUCAAAGGUAGCAGGCAGUCAUAACCAGCACCGCCAGGUUUCGGAGUUACUGGACCCAGAUCUCCAGCUCCUGGACUCCUGUGAUUAUGUGAGGCUCUCAGCUUUCCUCAAAAAAUUUCCUGCAGGACAGAAAUUCCAUUUUCUGCCCAACUCUAAGACUAGCCCAUGGAAUCAGCCCUUCUCAGUUUCCAUUCCUGAUCUAAAAUUAAGAAAACCCCCAGUCAUUUCCAGCAAUGGGUUUCUCAGUUCCCUGGACAACAGCCAUUCAGAUGCUGGUGCUAGCGCUGGCCCUCCAUUCCACUGCAGGUAACAGCCAUGAACCAUUGAUUGUCCUGGACAAUUAUGAGGACAAUGGGAUCCAACUCACCUGUUUUUCUGAGAGGAGGUUUUCUGAUGUGCAAGUGCUGUGGAUAGACAGUAAAGGACACAAUCUUACUGGAAGUGCAAUCCCCCCAACCUCCAACACAGAUGAGGCUAGUGCCAAAAGUUCGAUCCUUCUGAAAUCAGGAUCUGACAAUGCCAUCUCCUGCAACAUAAUUGACAACGUGCUAAAGACCUCAACCAAAUCUACAGUCGUAAUUGCAGAUGUUUUCUUCCCUGCCACCUCCCCAUGGAUGACUGCCUUCAUUGUGAUAUUGCUGAUUAGCAUAGCCCUAGUUAUCGCUGCAAUUUAUAAGCUGAAAAAAAACAAUGAAACAACUGCUCAGGCUGUAAAUGACAAGAAAGCCAUCGAAGACGAAACAAAGCUUCUCGAAAAAGAACUGGAGACUGAGCAACAAAAGUCUCAACAAGAAAUUCAGGCAAUACAGGAGAAAUCUGAAAAAGCCAUGGCUGAGCUGGACUUCAGGAGGGCUCGUAGCAAUGCAGUUAACAUCACUCUGGAUUCUGACUGUAAACAUCCCGAACUCUCACUCAAGGAUAAAAAUAGAGUCGUUUCCACAGCAGAGAAGAAAGCCCACAGGGAUUUGAUAGUGGUGGCAAAUGAAGGAUUUUCAGAGAAGAAACAAUACUGGGAGGUGGAGGUUGGGGACAAGCCAGAGUGGGAGCUGGGGGUGCUGACUGAGAAUGAAAGGGGGAAACUGAAAAAGGAGAAGAUGGAGAAACCUCCUGAGAAGGAAUACUGGAGUUUGCGGCUGUCUGAGGGUCAAUAUCAUUGUAGUUGGAAAAGUGACACAAUCACCCCUGAGGAUAAAAAAUGCCCAGUGGUUGGCAUUUUUCUGGACUGGGAAGAGGGAAUGAUCUCAUUCUAUAAUGUAGAGCAAAUGUGCCUUGUUGUGUUCAUCAUUCAAGAGUUUCAGGGAAAACUGUACCCAUUCUUCAAUCCUGGCAGCGAUAAGCAAUAUCUAGGAAUCCGCCCUGUCAGUGUCCCCAGCCCCUUAACCUCUCUCUGAAAUCAAACACUGGAGCUAAUAGUUAUGGGAAUUUUAAAUUCACUCCAUCUGAGGAGAGAGGAGACAAGGUGAACCAGGAACCUGAACCAAUAUAGAAGAAAGGGAAGGGUUUAAUUAGUUAAUAUUGAAUCUAAGAGAGAGAGAGAAAGGGGGAAUGGUACAAUUUUGACAUUUUUGAAGAUGGCCCAAAGGCCGAAACAGAUACUUCAUAACCCCUGACCCAGGCAAAUUGCCAGUGAAAUGA